AUGGAUGGACAUAUCUUCAGCAGGAGACUGUUUUUAUGCUUAUUUCUUUGUAAUGUCUACCCUCAUUGUUUAACAAAUGAAGUCUGCUCAAACAACAUACACCCUGGAACAAAAGGUGAUCCAGGUGAGGAGGGAGCAGAAGGUGAAGAGGGAAUAAUGGGGAAAUCCGGCCCAUCUGGCAAGCAAGGUCUCCCUGGUGAAUAUGGAGACAAAGGACAGAUUGGCCAAAUAGGAAAGAGAGGACCUAGGGGAAUGAGAGGUGACAAAGGACACCAAGGAACUGAUGGUCUCCAAGGGUUUAAAGGAAAACCUGGUUCAGUCUGUGAUUGUGGGAAGUACAGAAAAGUGGUUGGACAGAUGGACGCCAGUAUAAGCAAAGUGAAAAAUGCCAUCAAGUUUGUAAAGAAAGUGAUUCUAGGUAUCAGAGAGACUGAAAACAUGUUUUACCUGCUUGUCACGGAAGCACGGACGUAUCAACAGUCACUUUUGAACUGCAAGUUGCGUGGUGGGACUCUUGCUAUGUCCAGGACCAAAGAGAAAAACAACUUGUUGGCCAACUAUAUCAGAGAGGCUGAUCUUAAUCACGUGUUUAUAAGAUUACAGGCAGGGUUAACAGAGGUGGGGUACAUGUAUUUAAAUGGUAACCCUCUCUUAAAUACCACAGCUUGGGCAAUUCAGGGGGCAGAAAGUGGUAAAGGGGACUGUGUGCAGCUUGGUAAAACAGGAGCCUUGAGCCAGGUAGACUGUGGAGCCACACAGUACUAUAUAUGUGAGUUUGUAAAAAACAAUAACACUACAAAAAAUUCAAUCGUGUGAUGAUUUA